UUUUGGGCUCAUUUCUUUGGGGGAACCAGAGUAGAAACAACACCUGGAGAACCCGGAACUGUUUUUCCACUCGUUCGUUUCCUCGAACACAUUUCAGAGACGGACGACUGAAAACAACUAACAUCAGUAAAGUAAUGUGGUAAACCUGUGCUUGAAGACAGAUUAAUCGGAGGCUGACUUGCAUAAAGCGACCAAAGUGAAGCCGGAAGCUGAAAUAUGAGCUCCACAGAAGCACCGGAGCGGUUUGAAUAUUUACAAUCUCUUGUCACUGAAUUUCAGGACACGGACAGUGAAGAGGCCAAAGAACAAGUUCUGGCCAACCUCGCCAACUUUGCGUACGACCCAAAGAACAUGGAGUAUCUGCGGGAGCUGCAGGUGCCCGACCUCUUCCUGGACAUGCUGACCGAGGAGAACCAGAACUUUGUGGAGUUUGGGAUGGGGGGGCUCUGUAACCUCAGCAUGGACCCCGAGUGUAGAGAGGUCAUCCUGCAGAGUGGCGGCAUCAGCCUGGUCACAAAUUGCCUGUCCAACCGGCGGGAAGAGACCGUCCUGUCGGCCGUCACCACCCUCAUGAACCUCGCCACGCCCGCGACCCGUCCCCAGAUCUCCGAGCCGGGAAUCCUGCAGUGCAUGCUGCGCUUCUCCCUGGCAGAGAGCCCCCGCCUGCGCAACCUGGCGGCCGUGUUCCUGCAGGACUGCUGCAGUGAGGAGCAGGUGAGGCAGGCCCAACAGCAGACGGAGGGACGGCAGACUGCUGUUGGGAUCCCGUUGCCCAAAGAAUGAGGACUCAGUUUGGCUCUUUGUGCCUAAAACAAGCUCACCCCUCUCGGAGGCGUUUCUGCAUCCUGGGGGUUUUACUUCUUUAGCCCCAGUGAUGCAGUCCUGGCGUGAUGCUGUGGGAAAACGCUCCCCAGGCUCCUGGACGAGGGCGAGGUCAGGGUCGUCUCCCGGCCACUCUGGCUCCUUCACACCGAAGUGGAAAAAACCCCCAGAGAGAGUCGGUGUUUGUGUGCAGGGUGGAACAGGAAAAAGACAAAAACAGUUACCUCAAACUUGCUCAUUUAGGUGUAAUAGCACUGCUGUGAUCUGUCCACAUGGUGUUUUCAGAUUAUUAAUUUUAUAAGUGAAAACCAGAGUGAAUGCUCUGGAGAAAGAAUGAACUUUAAAGACAAGAACGUAGAGACGCACAAAUCAGAGAUCAGAAUCAGACAGUUGUGGCUUGAUCAGUGGUCAGCAGAUCAAAAAGUGAAAAAAUGUUUUUUUUUCUUAUUUCUCGUUAAAUGCAUCAAAUCUAAGAAUUCUCAGUUUAUUAGUGCAAAAACGAUCAGAAUAUGUGAUGCUGUUUUUGGAGGUUCGAUGACAUCAAGAAAGAGGGCAGGUGAUUGCAUUCUUUCAUUUUGUGUUUUCCAAGCAACCUGCUGAAAAUGUAUUUUCAUUUUGUUUGUGAAAUCUGUUUUAGCCAGAAACAGCAUGAACUUUGUUGGGUUUAAGGGUUAAUGAAUGAACGUACAGUGGAAUAAAAUUAUUUAUUCCUUCUCUUUGAAAAAAAAUUGAUUUGAGCAGUUGUGAAUUACAGACAUGUUAUGUUCUUCACUAGGAGUUUGUAAAGUUGGAGUCACAAAUAUGUAAGAAAGCAUGAAUUUUAUAAAUAUUGUAAAAGAUAAACGGGGCAAAAUAAAAACACGUGGGUCGAUAUUUUGGCUGUUGAUCCUAAUUGUUACUUUGACAUUAAGUGACUGUAAAACGUCUUGCACAACAACAAUCACUUACAUUUUUACUUUUUGGGUCAGAAGCUGUAAAGUUCAGAAACCGCUGGUCUACACGGUUAUUAUUCACAGGGAGAGUCACAAAAGGUCAAAGAAGCACACAUCUCACAAAAUGAGGUAUAAAACUAUAAAUUAGAAAGUUGAGUGGAAGGAAAAGGAUGCACAUGUAACAAAUAUAAUUUAUUAAGAAUCAGAAAUAUGUUCCAGAACAGCAAACUGACAAAAUUACUGCUUUAGUAAAGGUGAUCAGUCACACCAAUUACUUUAGUUUUUCCACACUCAGUUUGGGUGUUACUUGUUUUUCAUUACGUGAAGACAGUUUAAAAUCUGUUGUGUGAUUUUUAUACACUUACAGUUAGAUUAAAAUAAUUUCAGAACAUGAUAAAGACCGUCUCAGCUUUAAAACCUUAAAUUUAAAAGCAUGUUAAUGUAUAUUGCUGCAAAAUUUAAAUAACCUGAUCAGCAGAAGGAAAGAUAUUCCUGUUAUUGAGAAAAAGUAAUGGACAAAUAGUUUUUUAUGUAUAUAUUAACUUUGCAAAUAAGUUUCAAGAAUAAAAUCUUGUCUAAACUGACUGGAUGCUGGGAUUUUACCUUCUGCUAAAUGUUAAAACCCCGCAAAAAUCUUCGGCGGCCACUUCAGCCAACGUUCCUUCCUCUUGGCUGUUUCUGUAAGAAUAAAACGUCCUGAAACAUUUAAUGAAACCUGAAGUAUGUGAAAUAAAAUAACAGAAAAAUAAAAGAAGGAAAGCAAACCUUGAGGUUCCUCCUUUAAAAGCCAAAAGCCAACGUUUGUUUUAGGAGCCAUUUCUGGGCCGAAUCCUUCGGGUCUAGACAGCCGCCGACACCCGACCAUGUCGUCCAGGCAGGAAAUUCUUUACGGCUUUCAGCGUGUCUGGCAUGUUGGCUCAUUUUCUACAUUUUUAAUCGGAGCGAGCGGCGUGUGGAGGGCCGGAGAGUCGUGCACCUGCUGCCGGGAUGAAGAAAAACGCCUCCGUUCUUCCCGUAAAAGAGGAACACCCAGGUCUGGCUUUAAUGGAGUUUAUUUCAAGUUGAGAU